UACGGUUCGUACUACGUCCUCAAGAAGAUCUUCUCUUUUCUUCUUUUCUCCACACCACACUACCUAUACUAGGACGUGGGAGUUUCAUCCAACUAUCAAACAUUCGUUCGUCCCGAUCUUUUCCACGUUUUGUUUUUUGUUUUUUAUCUUCACUACCUACCUAUACACACAUACACACACGCGCGCACUCACACGCACACUCACACUCGCUCACAGUAACAGUCAGUCCUUACAGCAAUCCUCGAGUACCACCUAGCAAGCACAACAUUCAUUCAUACCUAUCCAUCAAUCUUUACAUCUUGUCGUUCAUUCCCAUCCAAUCUUUCAAGUAGGAAUUCGAUCAAUACAUACUUACAUUACAAUAUACCACAUCUUCGUCUUCGUUCUUCAAUCGCAUUGACACUUUACUAAAUUCAUUUUUCAAUAUCUCUCACAAGAAUUUGCUUCCUAAUCAAGACUCUCUACAUUGCUGCGAUCAGAUCCAAUUGAGCUUGGAGAUCAUUUCUAGAAGAUUUAAUAUAAUAUAUUGGACUCACAAACGAAACAAUUGAAUAUUCAUAAUAUCGCCACUCUCCAUAAACUUCCUUCCUUCACUCCGAAAAUCACCAGGUCUUUCAUCCUCUCUCUCCCCAUACCGAGCUUUUUACCGCCUCCACUUCAUUAAUCGACGAAGGAAUAAGAGACCAACAUAAAAUAACAUAACCGCUUUAUGAUCAAUAUUUAACAAUCAAUCGAGGGAAUUGAGAGGUUGGCAUAAUCAAGAAAUCACCUUGCUCACCAUGGCAGACUUUAUGAGAUCGUCGAGUUUUCUACCAACGAUAAAAUGUUCGAGUUGCGCGAGGGAUAUUCAAAUUGCUAUGAUGGGGGAGCAUAUUUGCUCAGGCCCUCCUGCUGGAGAACCUACACCACCACUUGAUUUGAAUACCACUUUCGACAGGAUGCCAUAUAAUCAACAAUCAUAUUCCAAUGCAUCGAAUCUUUUGAAACCAGGAAGGACAAUGCCUCCGAGGGUUGAUACAUCUGCUGCGAAUCGUCCAUUCUUCCAACAAGAUCAAUUGACACCAGCGAGUAGCGCAUCUCCCUCUCGAAGUGCUUCACCAUUAACUCCACACGAUCGCCUUCGAUUACCAUUCGGAAAGUCUUCGCGCGCUAACGAAUCGUCACCUAUACAAAGACCUAUUUCCCCAGCUCUAUUAUCAUCGAAUCUAGACUCUGCUUUCCCUCGCUUUCCGACACCCAAAGUAACGGGAUCGCCCGGACUUAAGAGUGCAUAUGGCGCCCACUCGCCGAGAAUGGAACAGGCGGAUCCAAUGAUGUUCGCAUCCACAAAUUCAAGACCCUACAUGAAUCCAAAUGUAGCUGGAAGUGUUGCGUCUUUACAAAAAGUCGUUACAAAUGCCCCAGGAUCGUUUGCGAUUGACUCAAGGAAAGUUCCUAGCUAUGAAGAACAGCCAAUGUACAAUAGAAAACCUAGUAUGGGACGUCCAGAUGACAUAAUUUCGCCACCUCUGACUGCGGAGCCUGAACAAAUUGAUCGAACACUCUCGACCAGCUCGGGUCAUUCUAGAACUUCAACAAAUAGCUCGAAUAACAAUUUCCCAAUGCCACCGCGCAACAAAGGAUAUGGUAUUCUAUCACCUGAAGCGAGAGAAGAUUCUCAGGAAGCUGGACGUCAAGAAGCUAUAAGAUCACAAACAUUUCCUCGACGAAAGGAAAGUCUAGAUUUCCAUGCGUCACGUAGAAAUCAAUCGAUAUCAAGUCAUAGGUCACGAGAGUCGAAUGACAGAGGACGGAAAACAUCAAUCUCUGGUCCUGAUACAUCAAGAGCAUUACCACCGCGAGGUGCAAGUCUCAUCAGAGGAAGAUCAGGACAUCAGGCUGGCGAUCUUCCACCGUUACCCAAUAUUAACUUGGAAGCAGAAUUUGGUGCUAAUAAUCCAUACCAUUCUGCAUCUAAUUCUCAAUCAUCCACUCAUUCAUAUACUUCUUCCACUUCUGCAGGGAGUAAAGGUAGCUCACGGUCAAGCCCUCCAUCCACCGUGGAAAGCGAUUACCACAGGAGACAGCAAUCAAAUCCCAGAAUGUCUGAUCUCAUGUCUGAAAUUACUUCAUCAAUGGCAAAUAUUUCACCACAUGAAAUGUACCCCAGACCAAGCGAUUUAGAACCAGUCAAAGAACAAGAACCAUACUCACCUCUGAGUCCCGCCUUUCAAUCCCCAGAUUACGCCACCAAUCCUGUCAGUCGCCUAUCGCCUACACCUCGUGUUCCCCCACCCGCGCCUCUCAAACCCCGCAAUCGUGACCCCUCACCUGCGCCACUGAAUCCUCGAUUACGAAAUCUUUCGCCAGCCCCUAUGAAUGGUUUCCAAAGAUCUCACACAGCUCCACUCCUCGAUCAGAACAAGCCUUUGCCCGCUCCUCGCCGCCCUGCCACGUCAAAAGGUAAUUGCAAAUCUUGCACGCUUCCCAUCAAAGGCAAAUCUGUAUCUUCGGCAGAUGGACGUCUAACUGGUCGCUAUCACAAACCAUGCUUCGUGUGCACAACUUGUCGAGCUCCAUUCCUGACCUCGGAAUUCUACGUUCAUAAUGAUGCGCCGUAUUGUGAACAUCAUUAUCAUCAAUUGAAUGAUUCAAUGUGCUCUGGUUGUGAUAGGGGUAUCGAGGGACAAUAUUUGGAAAGUGAGAAGAAGGAGAAGUUUCAUCCAAGCUGUUUGAAUUGUGCGGAGUGUAAGAGGAAUUUGAGACACGAUUAUUUUGAGAUGGGUGGGAAGAUUUAUUGUGAGCGGGAUGCUUUCAGGAGAGCACAGGAAUCACGCAAAGGAGGAUUGGGUGCUGGAUUGGGUGCGGAAACGACGAGGAUGGAAAGGAGAACUACGAGAUUAAUGAUGAUGUAGUGGAUCUGGGAUAUGCAGAGAUUGGAUUUGAGGCGCUUAAUACUGGGAGGAUUGUCCUGUUUUAUACCAUAUGGUCUUGAAUAGACUCGCGUUGCUUUUUUUGUUCUUUAAAGGCAUAGCGAAGCGUUGCAUUAUACCUUUUUUUUUUUUCUCGAUUUUUAAUUUCGAUUGGUCUGAAGACCUUUGAUUUCGAUUUCGACUUCGAUUUCGGCUUCGAUUUCGGCUUUCGACUUUCGUUUAUCUAUAUUAUAUACCCUUACUUAUUUUUUUUUUUAUUUUUAGCGCAAGGAAAUAAUGCGUUAAUUUAUAUACCUACCUUACUUGGGAUUUUUGUUUGUACAUUGGCUUUUUGUAUAUGUUUUUUUUCUCAAGAGAGGAUUCUGAGUUUUUAGCUGGGAUGAGCGGGAGUGGGAGUGGGAGUGGGAGUGGGAGUUGUGGUUUAUAUGAGGA